AUGUUGAGGGAAUUGACUUUGAUAGGACCACCAAACAAGCUGGAAGUCGAUUAUCUUUUGGCAGCGUUAAGGGUGACAUCUUUCUACCUGCCGGUAGUCACCUUUCAGACGGACGCAAUGCUCAGCAGAGUUGAUGCUAAUGAUAUUGGGUCGUUGCUCCCGGUUGUGGAGGAGGUUGCUGUUUGUAGGAACUCGUUUCAGGUCAACAACUCAGUGACAUCGGAAUUCGUGAAUCUGAAGCUACACACCAAGUACACACUGAUGAGUGUCUGCCAUGUAUUCCAUUACUGGAAGUUGAGUCAUAUCGAACAAUCUGGCCUCGAUCCUCAGAAGAGCAUUGUAGUGAGUUGCGUGUUCACGAUAGUGGUAGAAGCACAGUGUUCUCACUGAAACAGGCCUAAAAACAAACCCUUCAAAUUCCAUCGAAUUCCAUGCAACCUGCUGUAGACCUUGACUUCAAUCAUCACUCGAAGGUUGUUGAUAUCACCAGUGCGCUUCGGCUCGCUUACGAACUUGUUUGGCUGUAUCGAGUCUAUUGCGGUUCACAGUGAUCAUACUGUGCCGUAUAAAGGGGUCGAGCUUUUGCUCUCAAGGAGACCACAAAGAGUGCACUUAUGCAUUCACUGCUCAUUAAUC